CGGGCCGCAGGGCUCGCGGCACGGGGGCGGGGCUGUAGCGGCGGCAGGACCGUCACGUGGUCUGGGGAACGUUUGUUUGCGGAAGUAGAAGGCGCUGAGUAAGCCGAGGUUCCCGCAGGCCCAGAAUCAGGGAGCAACGCUGGUGGGGAGCGAUCUGGGUGCCUGUGCAGGAACCCGCUGCACUUGGUGAGGUGGGCAUGGGAGACCGCGCCCAGCUGACCAGAGACCCUGUUCUCUUCCAGUCUGAGGGGGCAGGCAGCCAGGCCUCUGCGCCCAGCCCACGGAAGAUGCAGUUCUUCGGCCGCCUGGUCAACACCCUCAGUAGCGUCACCAACUUGUUCUCUAACCCGUUCCGGGUGAAAGAGGUGUCUGUAGCAGACUACAACGUGAGCAGCCGGGUUCGAGAGGAAGGGCAACUGGUUCUGUUCCACAACACCCCCAAUCGCACCUGGGACUGCGUCCUGGUCAACCCCAGGAACUCACAGAGUGGAUUCCGGCUCUUCCAGCUGGAGGUGGAGGCCGACGCCCUGGUGAACUUCCAGCAGUACUCUUCCCAGCUGCUGCCCUUCUACGAGAGCUCGCCCCAGGUCCUGAACGUAGAGGUCCUGCAGCAUCUGACUGACCUCAUCCGCAACCACCCCAGCUGGUCGGCGGCCCACUUGGCGGUGGAAUUGGGGAUCCGGGAGUGUUUCCGCCACAGCCGCAUCAUCAGCUGUGCCAACAGCACCGAGGUUGAGGAAGGCUGCACACCCCUGCACCUGGCCUGCCGCAAGGGUGACGGGGAGACCCUGGUGGAGCUGGUGCAGUACUGCCACGCCCAGAUGGACGUCACCGACAAAAGCGGAGAGACCGCCUUCCACUACGCUGUCCAGGGUGACAACCCCCAGGUGCUGCAGCUCCUAGGCAAGGGCGCAUCGGCCGGCCUGAACCACGUCAACAACCAAGGGCUGACCCCGCUGCACCUGGCCUGCCAGAUGGGGAAGCAGGAGAUGGUGCGCGUGCUGCUUCUCUGCAAUGCCCGAUGCAACGUCCUGGGGCCUGGCGGCUACCCCAUCCACACCGCCAUGAAGUUCUCCCAGAAGGGGUGUGCUGAAAUGAUCAUAGGCAUGGACAGCAACCAGAUCCACAGCAAAGACCCUCGCUAUGGAGCCAGUCCCCUGCACUGGGCCAAGAAUGCAGAGAUGGCCCGCAUGCUGCUGAAGCGGGGCUGCGACGUGAACAGCACCAGCUUCGCGGGAAACACAGCCCUGCACGUGGCAGUGAUGCGCAACCGCUUCGAAUGCGUCAUGGUGUUGCUGACCUACGGGGCCAACGCUGAUGCCCGCGGCGAGCACGGCAACACCCCGCUGCACCUGGCCAUGUCGAAAGACAACGUGGAGAUGAUCAAGGCCCUCAUUGUCUUUGGGGCAGAGGUGGAUACCCCAAAUGACUUUGGGGAGACUCCUGCAUUCAUAGCCAACAGAGUCAGCAAACUUGUUACCAGGAAGACGCUCUUAACUCUGCUGAGAACUGUAGGGGCCGACUACCACUUCCCACUCACCCCCGGGGACCCCAUGGAACAGGGCUCUGCAGCAUCACAGCACCCCCUCUUCUCCCUGGAAAGAGCACAGCGCCCAUCAGUCAGCCUAAGCAACCUAGAGCUGCAGGAUAUUACACACAUCACCCGGGCCCGGAAGCCGGCCUUCAUCCUGAACUCCCUGCGGGACGAGACGCGCAGCCGCGACCACCUGCUCUGCCUGGACGGAGGGGGUGUGAAAGGACUCGUCAUCAUCCAGCUCCUCAUCGCCAUCGAGAAGGCCUCAGGCGUCGCCACCAAGGACCUCUUUGACUGGGUGGCUGGGACCAGUACGGGGGGCAUCCUGGCCCUGGCCAUUCUGCACAACAAGUCCAUGGCCUACAUGCGCGGCGUGUACUUCCGCAUGAAGGACGAAGUGUUCCGGGGCUCACGGCCCUACGAGUCGGGACCUCUGGAGGAGUUUCUGAAGCGGGAGUUCGGUGAGCACACCAAGAUGACAGACAUCAAGAAACCCAAGGUGAUGCUGACAGGGACACUGUCUGACAGGCAGCCUGCUGAACUCCACCUCUUCCGGAAUUACGAUGCCCCGGAUACCAUACGGGAACCUCGGUUCAGCCAGAAUGCUAACCUAAGGCCUCCAACCCAGCCCUCAGAACAGCUGGUGUGGAGGGCAGCCCGCAGCAGUGGGGCAGCCCCCACCUACUUCCGGCCCAAUGGGCGCUUCCUGGAUGGUGGGCUGCUGGCCAACAACCCCACGCUGGACGCCAUGACUGAGAUACACGAGUACAACCAGGACAUGAUUCGCAAGGGUCAGGGCCACAAGGUGAAGAAACUCUCCAUCGUCGUCUCCCUGGGGACAGGGAGGUCCCCACAGGUACCCGUGACCUGCGUGGAUGUCUUCCGUCCCAGCAACCCCUGGGAACUGGCCAAGACUGUUUUUGGGGCCAAGGAACUGGGCAAGAUGGUGGUGGACUGUUGCACGGAUCCGGACGGGCGGGCAGUGGACCGGGCGCGGGCGUGGUGCGAGAUGGUCAGCAUCCAGUACUUCAGAUUGAACCCUCAGCUGGGGACGGACAUCAUGCUGGACGAGGUCAGCGAUCUGGUGCUGGUCAACGCCCUCUGGGAGACCGAGGUCUACAUCUAUGAGCACCGGGACCAGUUCCAGAAGCUUAUCCAGCUGCUGCUUGAGCCCUGAGGCGUCCAGACCCAGCACCGCCCCCCACCCCACCCCACCCAACCAGCCCCUGCUGGGGAGGCCCGGCGAGGCCCAGACCUUGGAGCACUGGACAGUGCUGGCACCUCAGUUGUGCCUUGGACAGGCCGGGGUCCAUGAGGCACCGAGCUUCUAGCCUGAGGCCAGUCCUGAAGGCUUUUCUCCCCCUUCUGUUCUCACCUGGCAUUUUUUUAUUCCAGGCUUUAAAAGCCUAGAGCUUCACCGGGCCCCUCUCCCUGACAUAAAGGGGCCUCUGACAACUAACUGACAGGAUCCCUCAACCUGUCAGCUGAAACACUAAGGGUGCCCAUGUGCCUCACCCCGGACCCAGCUCUGGCCUCCCACAGGGCCCUGGAAGGCCACCCCAGCAUCUCAGCGCCCCCUCCAGGUUCCUUGGUGGGUGAGACUUUCCCCUUCCGCCCUCUCCCCCAUACCCUUUCUUUCCCUGGGGGGCAAGGGCUAGAGAAAGGGGAUGUCCCCCACCACUUUAGCCAGGGAAACCUCAGGCUCCAGGAGCGAGAGGACCCGUUUGACUUUGCCCCUCAACACACCCACUGCCCACACCCCUCAGACCUACCCCGCCUUAGCUCUCCCGGCUCUCAAAGGUCACUCCUGGGGAUUCAUUUCUUCCUCCCAACAAGGAAGCGUUUUAAGGGUGUGCCUGGGGCUGCAAUGAGGAAGGGCUCAGGGGCCUCCCCAAAACUGAAAUAAACUGUGGGUUCAAGUUGGCUCAUGUUGUGUUCAUUGUGGUGUGGUGCAGCCCCCCACCCCCCAUG